AUGGCGGCGCCUCUCAGUGUAGAGGAGGCACUGGCUCCAGUAGAAGCUGUCACUGCGGCCGCUAGCAUUGCGAGCGGCUCACGUACCAACGGGUCGUCCAUUGCGAGCACAUCGGCGACAGCGGACUCUCUGAGCUCAGCAGAAGAUGGUUGGCCAGCGGACGAAGAUGAGGAAGAGAAGAGCGCGGUGCAGUUGAAAGCUGAGCUCAAAAGGGCGAAGCAGGAGAGGAAUGCUUUCGAAGCCCAGUACCAAGGCUUGCUCAGCAAGCUGACAGCCAUGCGCAACACGCUGGGUGAACGGCUUCGACAGGAUGCUGUAAGUAUGCAAGAUUUCGAGGCGCACUUCUGAAUUCGAAAGCGUGAUACGACUACCACACUGACGCACGCUGAACUACACGUGCUCGCUUCAUGCAGGAAGAGCUCGAUCGGCGAGAGUCGAACAUUGAGAGCUUGCAGGCACAAUUGACGACGCAGACUGAGCUCGUCGAGACGCUCAAGAACGAGCUCGUAGGAUCACAUGCAGACGUGGAGCGGCUCCAGAAAUCGUUGGAUCUAUCAAGGAAUGCAGCUCCUCCAGAUCGGACGCGGGAGCUCGCAGAAAGUGCGGAAAGGCUUCGAAUCGAGGCUGAAGGCUGGGAGAGCGCAUACACAGAAGAGCGUGGGCUUCGAGAGGAGGCAGAGUCGCGAGCUGCAGAGGCCGAACGGAGGAGAGAUGAGGCAGAGAAGAAAGAGAUGGAAGAAGCUACACGAGCUGAGAGGGAAGGCGCCACAGCGAGGGAACUUCAGGCGGUUUUGGAGGAGUUUCAGGCAGGUGAGCAGCAGCAUCUUACCGGCAACAUCUCUUGCGGCGCUGACCUCAACGACUGCUUCAACGUGCGCUUGCUUGCUGGCAGCGCAAGAAAAUGAGCUGCAACGCGCUCUAGGAGACUAUCAAGAGAAGUACGACACCAUCGUGGCUUCUCUCGAGGAGUACAAACAGCGCUCGACCAUAGCGGAAGUGAGUGAAGGGGAAGUAUCUGCUUCCAAAAAGGCCUGGCUGAGGAGAUCGCCUCCCAAUUCAGAGCAAGCUUGCGGACUACCGAGACGCCGCGGAGCGGAAUGCAAUAUUAGAGAAAGAGGUCAAAGAAAAGAACCUCUUGGUUGGCAAAUUGAGGCACGAGGGUGAGUCAUGCGCAAGAGAAUCCCGCCUGCUGUCGACUUAUUAGUUUACUUUUUGAGUCUCCCCGCAGCCGUGAUUUUGAAUGAGCAUCUCACCGAGGCUUUGAGGAGAUUACGGUCGGAUACGUCGGAUUCAAACGUGGACAGGUGAGAGCGCGAGUCUGUGCGAUCGCUCACGAUCUAUUCUAAAGCCCCGCACUUCGCAUCUAGACGGCUUGUCACCAACCUUUUGGUACAGUUCUUGACAACUCCGAGGGCAGAUGCAAAGCGCUUCGAAAUGCUCUCCUUGAUCGCGUCGGUAUUGCAAUUUACUGACGAGCAGCGCGAAUCGACAGGCUUGCAACGCGUUGCUGGUGCUUCGGGCAGCGCGUACAAAGGCAUGCCGCCAGGUGUAAGAAGAGGUAGCAGUAUCAGCGGCCACACGCGGUCGGAAGCGAGCAGUGGAGGAACGGGAGACGAGGUGAGUUCUACCUGUUUACUUUGCCCACAUGCGAACUCUUGAAUCUCAGCUCAAACAUCCACUUGUGUGACCGCCGAUGUCUUAGUCUUUCUCCAAUCUCUUUCUGGAAUUCUUGCUGUCCGAAGCGGACAAGGCUAAACCGACCCGCGAAGCAAACGGUCAAGCGAGCGAGCCCACGAGCCCCAAGACACCGACGACUGCACCAGCAACGUUCAAUCUAGGCAGCUUAGCAGCUUUGAGGCGGCCCUCUACCGACCUUUUCCGCGGCUCUAGCGCCACCAGCAGCGGCACCAGGACCCCGCUCUCUCCAUCUUCCAGCACGGCAUCGGGUCCCAUGUCUCCUCCGCCUUCUUCGUCAACCGUGAAAGGCAAGCCACCAUUUGGCUGA